AUGACUCAAGAUAAUCUAGAACCAACCAAUCUCACUGGUGAUAUUGGUAACAACAAAGAAGAACCAAACAAUCUUGAACUGCCAUCAUCAGGACAAGACAUCAAACACGACAACCAAAUACAAGAUAAUAUUCAAGAAAACCUACAGUCUGAAUCUAUUUUUAAAACUCCAGAACAAGUAGAAACUCAUGACAUACUUUCGACAUUAGCAUCAACUUGUUAUAAUGAACAUAAUCUUCAGGAACAUCAACUUCAUCAACAAAUUAAUAUUCACCCGGAUUUUUAUUAUAAUAAACAUAAUGAAUCCAUAUUUGACGAUGAAAGAAUAUUCCCCUGUUUACCUACCACCAAUGAUAAUGAAGAUUUAGUAAAAUAUGAUGAAUUCAAUCCCGAAUUAAUUAAUCAUGCCACCAUAAAGGCUCUUGUUAUUCAAAUGACUUCACCUGAGAUUAUUGAUUAUAGUUUAAUCUGUGAUUUUUUCCUUACUUACCGAAUGUUUAGUAAUAGUAAUGAAAUUAUGAAUCUAUUACUUACAAGAUUAAUUUGGGCUUUACAAUAUAUCAAUUCUGUGAGUGAAGAUAAUAUAAAAAUUGGGAAAUUAGUAUUGGUAAGAACAUUUGUUGUUUUAAGACAUUGGAUUAUUAAUUAUUUUGUUGAUGAUUUUAAUAAUAAUAAUGAAUUAUGUGAUUAUUUUACCAAUACCAUAAAUAAAAUCACUUUAGAAUCUAAUUUAAUUUCUCAACAAGAAUCAACCCCAAAAACAGAAUCACCAAACCACCAUCAUAACUUAUUUACUAUGAAAAUUCUUGGAGAUUUGAAAAUCCAUUGGUUAAAAAUCAUUAAUGAGUUUUGGCUCUUGGAUCUUGAUAUACAUUCCAUGUUGACUAAUAAUAGUGCAUACAGUUAUACUUUACCUUUAACAUCGACUUUAAAUAAUAUUAAAAAAUUAUCCAAAUCAAAUACUGAAGCAUCAAUUCGAUCAAAUCCAUCAUAUCGUCGAUCAGCCAUGCUUUCUUUAUAUGACCAAAAGAUACAACACAAAAUGUUGAUAUUUGACGAUACCAGUAGUAAUUCUCAAGAAAACCCCCAAUUUUCAAUCAAUAAUUUACUUUUACAUCAUCAUUCAUCAAGAGUUUCUAUUAAUAAUAAAAUCAAGGCAAUACAACAACAAAAGAAAUUACUUAAAUCACCAACAUUUUCAAGUUCAUUUAAUGUACCAAAAUCUCCUUUAAUGUCGAAUGCCAAUCUUGCAAAUAUUCCUAGUCCUACAACUCCAACAAAGUUGCGUCUGAAAUCAAAUAAACGUGCAUUAAUGCAAUCUAAAAGACAUAAUCAUAUGAAUAUCAAAGAUUCAUCACUUGAUUUGAAAAAAACAACCACUAUUCUGAAAGUUUUUGAUGGAACAGGAACAGUAGCAGUAGCAGUAGCAGAAGAAGAACAAGAACAAGAGGGGGAAACAAAAGAAAAUGAUGAAUUGGAAGAGGACAAUUUUGAUGUUGAUGACGUAAACGAUAAAUCUCCAGAAUCACAAUUUUCAGAAUCAAAAAGAUAUAGUCAAGUUGGUUUUUCUACUAAUGGGAAUAUUAAAUUACCAACUUCCAAAGUAACAGUGAUUGUGCCACCAACCCCUGUGAAGAAAAUGGAAGGACCAUUAAUUGAUGAUAUUCAAUCAUCUAUGACACCACCAAAAAUGUAUCAUCCUCAAUUUCAACCACCAUCAUCGAGUAAUUCUAUUAGAACUGAAAAUGAAGAUUUAAAUAGAAGAGGGUCCAUUAGAAAAUUAAUGGAUAAUUGGAAAAAAUCAUUGAUUGUUCAUAAAGCAGCAUCUGCAUCUUCAUCAUCAGAAAUGCCAAUUAAUAGAACCAUGUCAACCAAACCAUCUACUGAAGAUCUUGAUAGACUAAUAAAUAAUGCCAUGAAUGUAAUGAAUGAAAAAACAAUAAUUGGCAAACGAGUAGAUGUUUUAAGUGCAAGAAUAAUUGAUGAAUUGGAAUAUUUGAUUCGAUAUUAUAUUAGUAGUGAAUCAAGUAGUGUUAUUCAUGAGAUGAAUUAUCAAGAUACCAAUAACAACGAUGAUGAUGAUGAUGAAAUAGCAAAUGCUAGACAAGAUAGGCCAGAUCGAAUGGGAAUGGGAAUAGAUAGAGGUGAUAAAAGUGAAGUUGAUUUACAACCUAUAGAAGUUUCUCCUACAAGAGGAGUAGAUGAAACUGAAAUGGAUAUUAAUGAUUUAUCAGAUUUGAAUAUUGUUAAAAUUGAUAAUCUUGUUAAUGAUACUGAUAAUAGUCAUUCAGUCAAAGUUCCAAGAAAUAUUUCUACAAGUUAUUUACUUGAUGAAAUUGAAAUUGAAAAUGAAAAUGAAAAUUCAAAAGAAUCUUCAUUUCAAAGUCCUACAAGUAUUAAUUGGAAUGACGAAGAGAAUAUUAAUUUAGAUGGAUCAAUUGAAAAAACUCCAUUAGAAGAAGAAUUUGAAGGAUUUGAUUUUCUGCAUGAAACCAACACCAAUACUACCAACUAUAGCAAUGAUAAAAAACAACUUCAACUGCAACAGGGGGAUUAUUCUGAACCUAAUUUCAGUUUCCAACAAUCCCAUAAUAGAUUACAUGAAACGUCAUCUAUUUCUACUCCUAGUAAUAUUACUCAAUAUGAUGCUGAAAUUGAAGAAUUAGGUAUAGCCAUGAGUCCACAACUGGUAAAACCGAAAAGAAUAAGUUUUUGUGAAAAUGCCAACAUUAGUAAUGGAUUCAAUAAUAAUAACAACAAUAAACGACUUUCUAUUUGGUCGAAAAAUUCUAAUGGAUCAGCAUUUAAACGAGAUUCAAUAAAAUCAUACGUUAGUUAUGAUUCAGCAUUUUCUGUUUUCAAUGAAUCAAAUUCUUUUAAAGUUGAAAAUACCGAAUAUAAUGGAUUGAAAAAGAAAACUGGGUUUAAUAAUCUUCGUUCAGUAGUAGCUAAUGGAGGAGGAGGAGGAGGCGAUGGUGCAGGUGAUGUUACUAGUUUAGAAAAUGCUGUUAGAGUUGUUAGUUCCAGUCAUUUAUCUCGUCAUAGUUCUUCUAGAGGAUCAAGGAAAAGUGUUAGAUUCAGUACUUUAUGUGCAUUAACUGAAUUACCAUUUCAUGAACAUAUUGCCAUUGUUGAUGGUGUUACUAAUUGUAAUCAUUCAAAACUGUCAUCAGGAGAUGGAGGUAAUAGUUCGAUUUUUUCAUUAGCUUUGAAAAGUCGGAAAAGUUCAGUUAGAACUGUUAAUAAAGAAUCAACUCAAUCAACAGCAUUUACUAGUUCUAGUAAUAAUUCAGUGGCUAUACCUGGUAUAAGUAGUUAUGCAUUAAAAGAAUUAGCUGCCAUUCCUGAUGAAACCAUGCUUUCUACUGAAGACCCCAUUCAAUAUGCAUUACAUAAAUUGGAAGGAAAAUCAUCAUCUAAACUGACUUUAAAAAGAAAAGAUGAAGAUGAAGAAAAUGAGCAUGAAUAUGUGGAACCACAAAUUGAUGAUACUGAAGAUAUUUUAAAUGAAAUUAAUAAUGCAAAUACUGAAGAUGCAAUUGGACUUAGUACCACAAGUAUUGAAAUAUCUCAAAUUGAUGCCCCAUUAACACCAAUCAAAAUGAGUCGUAGAAAUUCAAGUUCAGAUGUGACGGAAUCUGAUCCUAUAACUUCAACUCCACGUAAUAGUCAACAGUACCAACAACAACAACAACAACAGCAACAACCAAAGCAAAAUCACAAUGGAAGUAAUAUUAUGGAUACAUUUGAUUUCCAACAACCAACAAGAAAUAUUGAUUCUACUCCACCUGAAUAUCAAUCACCGAAAAUCAUUUUGGACAAUUAUGCUCCUUCGAGUGAUUUAUUAUCAGUACUGAAUGUUAUGUUUAAUGAUGCUCAUAUAUCAUUUGUUUUAUCGUAUGAUUCACGGUCAUUAGCUGAUCAUUUCACCAUGAUUGAGAAAGAUAUGUUACAAGAAAUUGAUUGGAAAGAUUUAAUUGAAUUAAAAUGGAAUAAAGAAUUAACUCCUGUGAAUAGUUGGUUAGAAAUUAUUGUUAAUGAUGAUUAUUAUAUACAAAACAAAGGAGUUAAUUUAGUAAUUGCAAGAUUUAAUUUAAUGGUAAAUUGGAUAAUUUCGGAAAUUUUAUUAACUCAAUCACCAAAAGAAAGAAUUCAUUUAAUAUCAAGAUUUAUUCAUAUUGCUCAACAUUGUUUAGAAUUACAAAAUUUUGCUACAUUAAUGCAAAUUAUACUUGCUUUAACUUCUCAAAGAAUUCAAAAAUUAAAACAAACUUGGAAAGAUUUAAUUCCUGGUGAUAUUUUAUUAUUAAAAAAUCUUGAAGAAUUAGCUUCACCUUUAAAAAAUUUUUUAAAUAUUAGAUUAACUAUAAAUCAAAUUAAACCAUCUAAAGGUUGUAUACCAUUUGUUGGAUUAUAUUUAAGUGAUUUAACUUUUAAUGCUGAAAGAGUAAGUAUAAUUAAAGAAAAUAAUGAAUUAGAAACUUUAAUUAAUUUUGCUAAAUUUAGAACUUCAGUUCAUAUUGUUAAAUCAUUAUCUCAAUGUAUUGAAUGGUCAAGUAAUUAUCAAUUUAAUGUUCAACCAGAUUUAUUAUCAAAAUGUCUUUAUAUUAAAAGUUUGGACGAAGAUGAAAUGAAAUAUUGUAUUCAAUGUAAUCAAAAAUAA